GCAGCUCUUAUAAAAGGCUGAAAAUAAUGUUGAACGUCACAGUGGUAAACGAAACGUCAAUUUCUAUAAUACUCAAGUGAGAUUUUCGUUACUGAUUCUUUACUUUUAAAUUUUUAUUUUUCGUUCGUGUGACACGUUAUAAUUUUUGGAUCAAAAGAUGGACGAGCCUCUUACAGUGGAAAUGGUUUACAUGUACGAGGUGGAAAAUGCACGUAAUCAUCAUACGGAUAAUUUUGAAUUGGUCCAUUUUGAUCCACCAACAUCAAUUCUUCGUCGUGGUCAAACUUUUAAUGUUGCAUUGAGAUUUAAUCGCGAUUAUAUUGAUGAAACGGAUAUUGUGAGACUUUUAUUUAGUUUCGGAUCAAAUCCAAGUGUUAUGCGUGGAACAAGAGGCAUUGGUACUGUGAAUCGAGAUAAUCAUCUCAAAGAUUUGGAAGCCUGGGGUGUUCGAAUGUUGGGCUCAAAUGGAUCCGAUAUUUCCGUCGAGGUACGAAGUCCCAUUGACAGUCCCGUGGGUAUUUGGCAGUUAAAUGUUGAAACAACAAUUGUUGGCAGGGGAAAACCUGUUAAUACCCAUUCUCAUGACGCUGAUAUUUAUUUGCUUUUUAAUCCAUGGAUCAAAGAGGACAAUGUCUAUUUUGAAGAUCAUCAAUUAUUACAUGAAUAUGUAUUGAAUGACGUGGGGAAAAUAUGGGUUGGUCCCUAUGGCAGUGCUCGUGGACGAGAAUGGAUUUUUGGACAAUUUGAUGCUGCAGUUCUACCGGCUUGUCAAUUGCUUCUCGAGAGAUCAGGAAUUAAGACAAUAUCCCGAGGCGAUCCGAUAAAAAUGACACGAGCCAUUUCCAGAAUUAUAAAUUCGAACGAUGAUAAAGGAGUGAUCGAGGGUCGAUGGGACGGUGAAUACGAGGAUGGAACAGCGCCAUCAGCCUGGACCGGAAGUGUUCCAAUACUUGAGGAAUUUUUAUCAACUGAAAAAGAAGUGAAAUACGGUCAAUGUUGGGUAUUCGCGGGUGUUGUAACAACAGUUUGUCGUGCAUUAGGAAUUCCAUCACGUGUUGUAACAAAUUUAGUAUCGGCACACGAUACAAAUGCAACAUUAUCGGUUGAUCGUUAUUAUUCAAUGGACAAUGAGGAACUUGAUUAUGAUCCAAAUAAUCCCUCGGGUAAUAUGGAUUCAAUUUGGAAUUAUCAUGUUUGGAAUGAUGUUUGGAUGGCAAGACCCGAUCUUCCCAAGGGCUAUGGUGGAUGGCAGGCAAUUGAUGCAACACCACAAGAAACAUCAGAUGGGCUUUAUCAAUGUGGUCCAGCGUCAGUCGAGGCUGUGAGAUCGGGUGUUGUGGGAUAUAAUUAUGAUAUUCAAUUUCUUGUAGCUUCAGUUAAUGCCGAUCUUAUGCGAUGGAAGGAGGAUCCAAGCAGUGAAUUUGGAUAUUCGAAAAUUGAGAGCAAUAAAUAUCACAUAGGUCGAAUGAUCCUAACGAAAGCUCCUUGGGUUUUUGAUCCAAAUGGUGAUACUGAUAAAGAGGACAUCACUUAUUUGUAUAAAGCAAGAGAAGGAACUCCGGCCGAAAGACUGACACUUUAUCGAGCAGUAAGGAGUGUUGAUUUGGCAAAGAGAUUUUAUUCUUUUCCGGCUCCAGGCAAAGAGGAUGUUGUAUUUGAUCUCGUUGAUUUAAUGAGAGUAAAUAUUGGAGAUCCAUUUACAGUUACUGUCAACAUUGAAAAUAAAUCAAAUGAGGUUCGUAAUAUUAAAGCAAUUUUGUCAGCUGGAAGUGUUUAUUACACUGGGAUCAAGGCAAAUAUUGUGAAAAGAGCAUCAGGAUCGUUUGCUCUUCAGCCACAUGCACAUGAACAGCUAAAACUCACCGUUACAGUUGAUGAUUAUUUAGACAAACUGGUGGAAUAUUGUAUAAUGAAGUUGUAUGCAAUUGCGUCUGUGGAGGAAACGAGACAAACUUGGGCAGAUGAGGACGACUUUCAGGUUCUCAAGCCGAGCAUCGAUGUCAAGAUUGAAGGGGAACUUGUCGUGGGAAGACCUUCGAUUAUAAUUUUAAGUUUUAAAAAUCCAUUAAAGAAAAUACUUACAAAUUCGAAAUUUCACUACGCCGGUCCUGGAUUGUCGAAAAAUAAAACCAUUGAAUUUCGCAAUGUCGAUCCAGAGGAAAGUAUUUACGUUGAACAUGAAUUGGUGCCACAAAAAUCAGGACCACAAAAAAUUGUCGCUACAUUUACAUCAAAGCAACUUGUCGAUAUUACUGGAUCCAUAUCCGUGGAUGUUAAUGAAUAAAUUUUUUUUUAAUUCAAAAAUUUUUUCCCUCAUCCAAUUGAAUUUUUAAUUAUUUGUGUAAUUAAAUUAUUAAUUCAUUAGAGAAUAAGAUUGAAAGAAAAUGUCCCUUGUUUAUAGUGUGUAAAAAAAUUUUUUGUAAAAUAUUUAUUCCCAAAAAAAAGAGAUAAAUUUUCUACGUUUUUUCUUUUAAAAAUUGGAACUAUUUUUUUUUUAAAUAAAAAAAGAAAAUUUAAAAA